GGGGCUCUGCGGACCGGGUGGAGGGGCGAGUUUGUUGCUUCCGCGCCAGAAGAAGCUUCUAGGUAGUCUGUUUCCCGGAUAAGUGCUGUCUGGCAAUUCCGCAGCCUCGCCCGUACUGAGGGGAGCCAUCUUGUCUCUCUCUGCUUCCGAGUUUGGUGUAUCCUUCAGUCGGCCCUGGGUGUGAGCUCUGGAAGGCUGUGCAGUAUCGGGACGGACAGAAUGACCUUCCGGCCCUGAGUCCCUGGGGAGCAGAUGGACCCUACUGGAAGUCAGUUGGAUUCAGAUUUCUCUCAGCAAGACACUCCUUGCCUGAUAAUUGAAGAUUCUCAGCCUGAAAGCCAGGUUCUAGAAGAUGAUUCUGGUUCUCACUUCAGUGUGCUAGCUCGACACCUUCCUAAUCUUCAGACGCACAAAGAGAACCCUGUGUUGAAUGUUGAGUCCAAUACUGAACAAACAGCUGAAGAACAGGGAGGCAGUAAAAGUGGCUUCAAUGAGCAUCUGAAAGAAAACAAAGCUGCAGACUCUAUGGAUUCUUCUCAUUUGGAGACACGUGGUUCCAUGAGUCAGAUCAUUGAACAGUUACCUCAGCCAAAUAGGAAAAGCAGUGUUUUGGGAAUGUCAGUGGAAUCUGCUCCUCCUGUAAGUGAAGAGAAGGAAGAAGAGGUGGAAGAGAAGGAGAAAGAGGAAAAGGAAGAAGAUAUUCCAGAUGAUACCACACACUCCCUUAGUGCUGAAGAUCCUGCCUCAUCACAGUUGGGCUUUGGGGUUCUGGAACUCUCCCAGAGCCAGGAUAUUGAAGAACAAACUGUGCCCUAUGAAAUAGACAGAGAGCCUCUACAGCCAGUAACCACCAAUUCUGGAUAUACUCGGCUAUCUGAUGUGGAUGCUAAUACUGCAAUUAAGCAUGAAGAACAGUCUAAUGAAGAUAUCCCCAUGGCAGAACAGCCUAGCAAGGAUGUCCCUGUGGUUGAAGAGCAAAAUUCACCACCUGCAAGGUCAGAGGACAUGCCUUCUAGUCCCAAAGUAUCUGCUGCUAUGGAAGCAAAAGAACAGACUUCUGCCCAAGAACUUCCAGAAGGUGGGAUGCAGGUUCAGAAGUCACCGGAGCCUGAGGUUUUGUCAACUCAGGAAGACUUGUUUGAUCAGAGCAAUAAAACAGUGGCUUCUGAUGGUUGCUCUACUCCUUUAAGGGAGGAAGGUGGGUGUUCUCUGGCCGCCACACCUGCUACCACUUUGCACCUCCUGCAUCUCUCUGGUCAGAGAUCCCUUGUUCAGGAGAGUCUUUCCACGAAUUCCUCAGAUCUUGUUGCUCCUUCCCCUGAUGCUUUCCGAUCCACCCCUUUUAUCGUUCCUAGCAGUCCCACAGAGCAAGAAGGGAGAAAAGAUGAGCCAAUGGAUAUGUCAGUGUUAUCUGAAGGAGGAGAGUCUUUUCAGAAGAAACUCCAAGGUGAUGAGCCAACAGAGAUGGAAAACCCCCCUGUCCCCCCUGAGCCCACCAUAUCACCACAAGCCUCAACACCAGUAUCUCAGAGCACACCAGUCUUCACUCCGGGUUCACUUCCUAUUCCGUCCCAGCCUGAAUUUUCUCAUGAUAUCUUCAUUCCAUCUCCAAGUUUGGAAGAACGAUCAAAUGAUGAGAAGAAGGGUAGAGAUUUGCAUAGUUCAUCUUUGACUGUUGAGUGUUCUAAAGCUUCAGAGACUGAACCAAAGAAUUCCACUGAGGAUCUGGGACUUUCUUUGACAGGGGAUUCUUGUAAGUUAAUGCUUUCUACAAGUGAGUGUAGCCAGUCCCCAAAGAUAGAAAACUUGAGUUCUCACAGGAUUGAUGAAGAUGGAGAAAACACACAGAUUGAGGAUACUGAACCCAUGUCUCCGGUUCUCAAUUCUAAACUUGUUCCUGCUGAAAAUGAUAGUAUCCUGAUUGAUCCUGCACAAGAGGGCCAAGUAGAACUGAAUCAGGAUGAUGAUAAAGCAAAGGGGGAUAACACAGAAACCAGGGAUGACAUUAGUAUUUUAUCUGCCGGUUGCAAAGGCAGAGAAGAACCUGUAGCGGAAGACGUUUGUAUUGAUCUCACUUGUGAUUCAGGUAGUCAGGCAGUUCCCUCUCCAGCUACUCGAUCUGAGGCACUCUCAAGUGUGUUAGAUCAGGAGGAAGCUAUAGAAAUUAAAGAACAUCAUCCAGAGGAGGGGUCUUCAGGGUCUGAGGUGGAAGAAAUCCCUGAGACUCCUUGUGAAAGUCAAUGCGAGGAGCCCAAAGAAGAAAAUACAGAGAGUGUCACAUUGCAUCUUUCUCUGACUGAAACUCAGUCACAAGGGCUGGGUCUUCGGAAGGAAGUCCCCAAACAAGAAUGCCAGGAAGCUAUGGAAGUUGAAACCAGUGUGAUAAGUAUUGAUUCUCCCCAGAAGCUUCCAGUACUUGAACAGGAAUUGGAACAUAAGGAUCAGGAAGCAUGGGAAGAAGCUACUUCAGAGGACUCGAGUGUUGUCAUUGUAGAUGUGAAGGAACCAUCUCCCAGAGUUGAUGUCUCUUCUGAACCUUUAGAGGGAGUGGAGAAAUGCUCAGAUUCUCAGUCGUGGGAGGAUGAUGCUCCAGAAAUAGAACCGUGUACUGAGAAUAGAGCAGAUAUCCAAGAAGAAAAGAGUGCAGAGUAUGAAGGAGAUCAGAAAUCAGUGACGGCAGAAAAGGAACCUGUAGAGGCAGACUCUUCACAGCCUCCUUUGACCUUAGUGAGAGCAGAUGGUACUCCAGGACCUGAGCAGGAAAUGCAGCAGACCCAACCACAAGAGAGAACCGAUAGCACAUUAAGGGAAGACUCAAAAGUGGCUAAUGCAGAGCGCGUGGACUCAGGUGUAGAGGCUCCGCAACUGGAGAAAGCCUCUGCCCAGGCUUCACAAAGCUUCUGUGAAAGCUCUAGUGAAACUCCAUUUCAUUUUACUUUGCCUAAAGAAGGUGAUAUUAUUCCACCAUUGACUGGUGCAACUCCACCUCUUAUUGGGCACCUAAAAUUGGAGCCCAAGAGACACAGUACUCCUAUUGGUAUUAGCAACUAUCCAGAAAGCACCAUAACAACCAGUGAUGUCAUGUCGGAAAGCAUGGUGGAGACCAACGAUCCCAUACCUGGGAAUGAAAAAGGAGAUUCUGGGGCUGCCCCAGAAAUGGGUGAUCAGUUGUAUAUGAGAAUGAAAUUGGUCAGUCCUGAGACUGAGGCAAGUGAAGAGUCUUUGCAGUUUAGCCUGGAAAAGCCAGCAACUGGUGAAAGAAAAAAUGGAUCUACUGCUGUUGCUGAGGCUGUUGCCAGUUCCCAGAAGACCAUGUCUGUGUUUAGCUGUGUCUGUGAAGCCCAGCAAGAGGAUGAGGCUCGAAGUCAGAAAUCCUCCUCUGCACCCAUCAGGGGAAACUUGCUCCAUUUUCCGAGUACUCACGAUGAUGAGGAGAGGGGAAAGUUCGACGGUGACCAAGGGACCAGGCAGAGUCAACAGCCCGUGAAGCCUAGUAGUCCUGCCAGAGAGCCUGCUGCUCCCCGCUCCCGGCAGCUGGCCACACAGGAGCCCUCCAGCCCUCGAGGGGAAGCAAUGGAGAUAGAUCAGCCAGGGGGCCAGGAGGGAGAAUGGAGUCCCAGGCAGGAGAAACCUAGUAAGGCCUUGAUUGCAAGGCCCAGCCAAAAUAACGUAGGGAUCCAGACCAUAGAACGUUCCCUGUGGGUCCCAGAAACUGUUUCAGCAGCGACUCAGACUGUACAGAAUGUGUGUGAACAAGGGACCAGUACAGUGGACCAGAACUCUGGAAGACAGGACGCCACAGUUCAGACUGAGAAGGGGACUGGCGAGAGACCGGUCAGUGCUCCUGGGGAUGACACGGAGUCGCUCCACAGCCAGGGAGAGGAAGAGUUUGAUAUGCCUCAGCCCCCGCACGGCCAUGUUUUGCAUCGCCACAUGAGAACAAUUCGUGAGGUGCGCACGCUUGUCACUCGUGUCAUCACAGACGUGUAUUAUGUGGAUGGAACAGAAGUAGAAAGAAAAGUAACUGAGGAGACUGAAGAGCCCAUCGUAGAGUGUCAGGAGUGCGAAACGGAAGUCUCCCCUUCACAGACUGGCGGCUCCUCAGGGGACCUGGGGGACAUCAGCUCCUUCUCCUCCAAGGCCUCCAGCUUACACCGCACGUCAAGCGGGACGAGCCUGUCCGCCAUGCACAGCAGCGGCAGCUCCGGGAGAGGAGCCGGACAACCCAAAGGGAAAGCCAGCGGGACAGAGCCUGCCGAGUUUGCCUUGCCCAGCUCCCGAGGAGGCCCAGGAAAGCUGAGUCCUAGAAAAGGGGUCAGUCAGACAGGGACGCCAGUGUGUGAGGAGGAUGGUGAUGCGGGCCUUGGCAUCAGACAGGCAGGGAAGGCUCCAGUCACGCCUCGUGGGCGCGGGCGAAGGGGCCGCCCGCCUUCUCGGACCACUGGAACCAGGGAAACAGCUGUGCCUGGCCCCUUGGGCAUAGAGGACAUUUCACCUAGCAUGUCGCCGGACGAUAAAUCCUUCACCCGUAUCAUGCCUCGAGCGCCAGACUCCAGCAGACGGGCAGACACGGGUGCUGGUGCUUUGCGUCGAAGCGACUCUCCCGAGAUUCCAUUCCAGACUGCUGCUGGCCCUUCAGAUGGCUUAGAUGCCUCCUCUCCAGGCAACAGCUUUGUCGGGCUCCGUGUUGUAGCCAAGUGGUCAUCCAAUGGCUAUUUUUACUCUGGAAAAAUCACACGAGAUGUCGGAGCUGGGAAGUAUAAGUUGCUCUUUGAUGACGGAUACGAGUGUGACGUGUUGGGCAAAGACAUCCUGCUGUGUGACCCCAUCCCCCUGGACACGGAAGUGACCGCCCUCUCAGAGGAUGAGUAUUUCAGUGCAGGAGUGGUUAAAGGGCACAGGAAGGAGUCUGGAGAGCUGUACUACAGCAUUGAGAAAGAAGGCCAGAGAAAGUGGUACAAGCGGAUGGCUGUCAUCCUGUCCUUGGAGCAAGGAAACCGACUGCGAGAGCAGUAUGGCCUGGGCCCAUAUGAGGCGGUAACGCCCCUCACCAAGGCAGCAGAUAUCAGCUUAGACAAUUUGGUGGAAGGGAAACGGAAACGGCGAAGUAACAUCAAUUCCCCAGCCACCCCCACCACUUCCAGCAGCAGCAGUACAACCCCUACCCGAAAGGUCCCAGAGAGUCCUCGUGCCACCACGGGGGUCCCCUCGGGCAAAAGGAAGCUCGUCACUUCUGAAGAGGAGCGGUCCCCUGCCAAGCGAGGCCGGAAAUCUGCCACUGUGAAGCCUGGUGCGGUGGGGGCAGGAGAGUUUGUGAGCCCCUGUGAGAGUGGUGACAACCCGGGUGAGCCCUCUGCCCUGGAAGAGCAGAGGGGGCCUCUGCCCCUCAACAAGACCUUGUUUCUGGGCUAUGCCUUUCUCCUCACCAUGGCCACAACAAGCGACAAGUUGGCUAGCCGCUCCAAACUGCCAGAUGGCCCUACGGGAAGCAGCGAGGAAGAGGAGGAAUUUUUAGAAAUCCCUCCUUUCAACAAGCAGUACACAGAAUGCCAGCUUCGAGCAGGAGCUGGCUACAUUCUUGAAGACUUCAAUGAAGCCCAGUGUAACACAGCCUACCAGUGUCUCCUAAUUGCGGAUCAGCACUGUCGAACCCGGAAGUACUUCCUGUGCCUUGCCAGUGGGAUUCCUUGUGUGUCUCAUGUCUGGGUCCAUGACAGCUGCCAUGCCAACCAGCUCCAGAAUUACCGCAAUUACCUGCUGCCAGCUGGGUACAGCCUUGAGGAGCAAAGGAUUCUGGAUUGGCAACCCCGUGAAAACCCUUUCCAGGAUCUGAAGGUACUCUUGGUAUCAGACCAACAGCAGAAUUUCCUGGAGCUCUGGUCCGAGAUCCUCAUGACUGGGGGGGCAGCCUCUGUGAAGCAGCACCAUUCAAGUGCCCAUAACAAAGAUAUUGCUUUAGGGGUGUUUGACGUGGUGGUGACGGACCCCUCGUGCCCAGCCUCGGUGCUGAAGUGUGCUGAAGCAUUGCAGCUGCCUGUGGUGUCACAAGAGUGGGUGAUCCAGUGCCUCAUUGUUGGGGAGAGAAUUGGAUUCAAGCAGCAUCCAAAAUAUAAACACGAUUAUGUUUCUCACUAAGGAUACUUGGUCUUACCGGUUUUAUUCCCUGCUGUUGUGGCGAUUGUGUUUUAACCAGGUUUUAAAUGUGUCUUGUGUGUAACUGGAUUCCUUGCAUGGAUCUUGUAUAUAGUUUUAUUUGCUGGACUUUUAUGAUAAAAUAAAUGUUGAAUCUCUUUGGUUGUAGUAACUGGGAUUUCUUCAUCCAUUUCUUUGAGCUUAAGCUCAGAACAAAUAGCAAGACAAACACAGUAACUUCUCUGCAGUUUUCAGUGGACUUGUUUGUUGUAGAACAGUAGGCCAAGGAAAGUAAGACAGUGAACUUUUUAUAGUUAUCUGUGGUAUCACUGUCAGAAGAUUAACCUGGGUUGUCUAAAAUUCAGUACUUCCCCAAAUCUGAUUUUAUAAUAGACCCAGAUUAUAGUUGUGCCAAAAGCUGAAUCGAAUUGGGCACAGCUCUUAGUUUUCUGGCAGUGAAAAAGAAAUCUCUUUAGAGUUGAACUUAAGCUGACUUGUGGGUGCUAUACUCUCAGAGCUAAAAAGGACCAGUUGUUGUGAAUGGCUGGUGACUGUAAACUUGAUGACCUGCUGCAAGAAUAAACAUGAGAAACAGUAAUAACACUCGAAAAUGUUAGCAGCUCUAGUUAGAGGUCAGGAUUUUAUUACUGUCACAGUUGGAAGCUGUUCCUUUUCUACUCUUAGCAUCAUCCCUGUUAAAUGUCCUCUCGUUCUCUAAAUCAAGGCUUAAAUCUCUAAUACCUUCUGUUUUUCCCCCUGCCAAAUAGUAAAUAUUUUAGGCUUUGUGGGCCAUUUGGCGUGUCACUACUACUCACCUCUGCUAUGAUGGCAUGAACGCAACCGUAGACAAUAGGUAAGCAAAUGAGUGUGGCUCUGUGCCGAUAAAACUUUAUUUAUAAAAACAGGUGGCUGGCCAUAGUAUGCUAACCUCUGCUCCAGAGGCAGCAGUGGAAGGGUCAUCUGUAGCCGACAGUUACAGGGAAUAAACGUCUAUAUGUGGUAGAUGUAGGGGUGGACAAGGGCCAGACUGAGUGGCUACACAGUGAGGCCAGAAUUAUCUUUCAGUUUGGAGGCAGUUGUCCGAUGCAUAUUUAUUUUGGCUCAUUACUGAUACGAAGAUCGAUGGAUAUCAGUGAUGGCUGGGCAUAUUACUCCUGUGGUUCUUCUAAGAAGGGAUAAUAAGACCUGCAUCUUUCAGUAUUUGAAAUCUAACAGUUUUUUGUCUUAAGGACCCUUUUUUCUUUGUUUUAAAAAAAAAUACAUUGUCAGCAGCAGAAUUACCUUCUUAACAGUCUGAAAUAACUGGAAGUUACCAGUAGAAUUCUUCAGAGUCACAGUUGAAGACCCUUAAAGAUGGGAGACUCUCCAUUUCAGUUUCUGAAAGAGGAAAGGAGGUCUGUGGGGAAACCUAGCUUACCUGGUGUUUUUCUUGCUCAGUGGGAACAUCCAGCAUUUGACCUAUUUAUAAUUCCUUUUUCACAUGAGCCGUAUUAUGUUCUGAGCUGUAACUUACUGCUGUGUCUCUCGAAGCUUGAACAGUACCUAGACAUGUAGUAGGUAACCUCUGACAAAUGUUCCCAGUGUAACAGACCUUGCCUGGUCAGCAGGUGGGCCGAAGCUACAAGUCCUCCGUGGUGAGUUGAGAACUCUUUGGGGUGGGGCAGAGGCCCCUCCCAUGCAGGAACCAGGGGAAGGACUUGCACCCGUGGAUGUUCAGUAAUGGCUUCUAGGAGAGAAGUCAGAGCUUUUCCAGUCGCUGCAGAUGUACGGAGGCCGGUGAGAGAAAGGGGAUGUUUGUUUUGAAUCUUCUGUCACAAUGCAGUGGGAUUAUUUCAGGUUGUGGACCAGAAAUUCUCACAUCCCGAAACUAUAGAAAGAAAAAGAAAGCUGCAUCAAAAUGUCAUGCGUUCCCGAGAUUUUCUUCAAAAAAGUAUGAAUCGCAGCAACCUGUGAUCUAGACAAUCUCAUCUUAAAACUCUUUUUGCUAAAAUCACUUAGGAGGAAUCUGCCUAACAUUUCAGAGAGAAAAAGAGUAAGUGCUUUUUUGAAUGAGACAGACAUCGGAGAAGCCACCUACCACUGAAUCUAUUAGAUUUUUUUUUAUCACUAUUAGAUUUUUUGAAAGUUUAGAGUGUGAAGCAGUGGUUCCCUCCUCUCAGAAGCAAAAGCUCUGAGGGUCAAGGAGCUGGGGGUAAGGGGCGUUAAGGCUGAGCAGCUGGCUCAUGUCAGAACUGGGAACUGAAGCCGUGCUGCCUCCCAGCACAGCAGUGCACAACUUAGCCAAGAACCUAAAGUCCACCUCAGCGUUAGGAAUUUAAGGAUUUACUUCAACUUCUACUGGAAAAUAAUCUUCGCUGACGAUCAGACACAGCCUUUUUCUUCUCUGAGCUUUGCUUGCUUGCUUUGGACUAGAUGAUGACUAAAGUCUCCUUCCAACUCUGGAAUUCUACAGUUCGUUAAAAAGCCACACACAAUCCACCGAGCGCCCUAGAGGCAGUUGUUCUUACCUGCCCAGAGUGCCACCAGCCUGGGUGUAAUAUUUGUUAUAAUCUAGUCGUAAGAGUAGCUGAGCCAAAUCCGAGUUGAUCUGAUGAUUGCGAACACUGGAGAGAAUCUUGAAUAGGAGUGAAGAUUGGCGGCUAAAACCCUGCAGAGAGGGACUCAAGCUGUGUCACGCCUCUUAGAUCUACCAGCUACCCAUGUGGAGUGAAGGGGGCAAAGGGGACUCGUUGGAAAAGUCUUCCUGAAAAUUAUACAGCACUAACUGGCCUUCCGACAGUCCCAUUUCUGUUGACUCCAAAAAUGACUUCUUUGUACCAAGUCCACAGAACACAGAAUUUCCAUGAAAGUACUCUUAUUCUCAGUAGGAAUUUAUCAGCCAGCUUUAAGUGAGUAUAUUCUGCUAUGUACUGGGCUGGCGAGAACCUGUGUUUUCAGAUAACAUAGACCUGCCUGUAUUACAGGCAGAUAAUUAUAAUUUCGGUGAAAUAGGGGGUUUAGUUCAAGGAAAUAAGGGGGUUGGAUGUUAGAAAGCAGGAACAAAGCCAGUGUAUAUUUGGUGGCUGAAUAAACCAUUUGGGGCUUAACUGCAUUUGAACACCAAAGCAGCACAUACUUACCUGCUUCAAAAACUGAUAAAACAUUUUUUACCUUUGUAUCUUGUUACUUGUGUGUGUGUGUGUGUGUGUGUGUACUGGGGAAAAGACCGUGAUCCCCCACGUGCAGAACCACCUGGGUCCCUUGGACGGGGCUGCCCCUGGCCAGCGGCCAGGCUGACUCACCUUUACCAGGAUGCUGAGCUGGGCAGCCCCACGUUCAUCCAGUGGGCCCAGAUUCUGACUGACCAGUGAGCAGAAGCUGUGGCAGAGAUCUAAGAUUUCAUUCAGGCAGUGAAACACCUACCCAGGAAACAGUUGGCAUUAGGAGAAAAAGGAAGAUACAUCUGUGAAAGAUUUGGGACAAUAAGAGCUAACCUAUUCCCACCUUGUGGGCAAAGACCCUGCGCGAAACCUCCGCCUGCACCACAAUCAGCCAGUCGCCGUCUCUCGGCCGCGCCAAGCGUGCGCCCACCCUGAGCUCUGCUCUCAGUGCUGUUGCCUGUGCCUGGGGCACUCCCCUUGUGCCCACUCCCACUGUAGCCUUUAGCAACCCCUUGCUUCCCUCUCCUUUGUAUGACUGUACUGUUCACUUGGCGUUUGUUCUGGCCCCCUGUGGUUGUUACUGGUCUGUGAUGUCUGUAAGUCCUGUUUCUCCAACUAGAUUGUGAGCUCCUUAAGGGCAGAGCCAUGACUAUACCUCUUUGUAUCCCCAGUGCCUUGCAUACGGUAAGCACUCAAUAAAUAUUUGAUGAUGGUCACCUGC